GCCAGCAGGCAACUUACAGUCAACAGCAGGUGUCGCAGCAGCGAGAGCAGGGCGAUGGACUGACAGUUGGGGAGACUAGCACCGCUAAACUGGCGCAGAUUUGGGUGGAGGAGCAUCAGCAGCAGCAACAACAGCAGCAGCAGCAGUCGUCGACUGCGGCCAGCAACGGCAGGCAGCAGUUCAACAAGCUGGAUAUCGACGGCGCUGCUGGCGGCGAGGCUAGCGGCGGAGCGAGUGUCGGGGCCGGCAUCGGCCAACAGCGAAGAGUCAACGCCGCCGCUGUCGCCGCGGCUGCGGGCGCCGCCGGUGGUGGUGGUGGGCGCACACGAGACAGUCAGAUCAUGCCGCCCGUGGUACCGAGGCCGGGCAGCCUCAAGGACCCGGAGAUCGCCGAGCUCUUCGAGAAGAACGACCCGGAGAAGAUCUUCGAGGACCUGCGGGAGAUUGGCCACGGCAGCUUCGGCGCGGUCUACUACGCGAGAUGCUUGCUCAGCAAGGAGAUCGUGGCUAUUAAGAAGAUGUCGUACCUGGGCAAGCAGACUAUGGAGAAGUGGCAAGACAUACUGAAAGAGAUCCGCUUCUUGCGCCAGCUCAAGCACCCGAACACCAUCGAAUACAAGGGCUGCUAUCUUAGGGACCACACCGCCUGGCUGGUCAUGGAGUACUGCCUAGGCUCGGCCUCCGACAUCAUCGAGGUGCACAAGCGGCCGCUCAAGGAGGACGAGAUCGCCGCCAUCUGCGAGGGCGUGCUGCGCGGUCUGCACUACCUGCACUCGCUUGGCCGCAUCCACAGGGACGUCAAGGCCGGCAACAUUCUCUUAACCGAGAACGGCACGGUCAAGCUGGCUGACUUCGGCUCGGCGAGCAUCAAGUGCCCGGCUAAUAGCUUCGUUGGUACGCCCUAUUGGAUGGCACCGGAGGUCAUACUCGCCAUGGAUGAGGGCCAGUACGAUGGUAAAGUGGACGUCUGGUCUCUGGGCAUCACCUGCAUCGAGCUGGCCGAACGAAAACCGCCUUAUUUUAACAUGAACGCAAUGAGUGCUCUCUAUCAUAUUGCCCAAAAUGAGAGGCCGACUCUUAACUCGGCCGAGUGGACGGACGUGUUUCGUUACUUUGUCGAGGUCUGCCUUACUAAAAGUCCCAGCGAAAGGCCAACUUCCGGGAAACUGUUAUCGCAGCAUCCAUUUGUGACGAGAACGCGCUCCCCUCAAGUUUUGAUAGACCUCAUUCAGAGGACAAAAGCUGCCGUUCGAGAAUUAGAUAAUUUAAAUUACCGUAAGAUGAAGAAGAUCCUUAUGAUCGAUACCUGCGAAACGGAAAGUCAAGUUGGCGAUGCCGACGACACUCCCGACGAACAAACAGGUGGUGACAGCAGCAAAAGCAACAGCAUCACCUCGGAGCAUUCGAUACACUCGAUGGGUGUGUCGGCCAGUUCGCAGAGUUCCUCAACCAAUAGCCUACCACUACCAAAUGCUGACUCGAAUGAUUACCCGGCAGCGGUUGGUUCCGUGAGAAAUCGUGGCGGCCAUAAAAUUGGGUCUGGCGGUGGCGGCGGUCUUACUCAAAAUCUGCUCGAGCAUGGGGCCAACAACUUUGCCACCAUAAGAACAACUUCUAUCGUGACUAAACAACAAAAAGAGCACAUGCAGGAGGAGAUGCACGAGCAAAUGAGCGGUUAUAAGAGGAUGCGGCGGGAGCAUCAUGGCGCAUUAGUCAAACUGGAAGAACGCUGCAAGAUGGAAAUGGAGUCUCAUAAGCAAUUGCUUGAAAAAGAAUACGAGAGUCUGAUGCAGCAAUUUAGUAAAGAACUCGAGAAACUACAGGCCAGACACCACCAGGAGCUUGAACGAAGGUUGAAGCAAAAUCAAAACGCAGAAAAAAAGCUUCAUAAAGAAAUAACCAGUAGACACGAGGCCGAUCGAAAAGCGCUCGAAGCUCAGCAAAAGCGAGAGUACAAGGCGUACAAAGAAAGAUGGAAGAAGGAACUCUCGCAAGAUGAGGUUACUCCCAAGCGUCAGCGAGAUGCAACUCUUCAAAGCCAAAAGGAUAGUUUAAAGCAGCACGAGGCACAAGAGGAGCAACGACUAGCGCGCGGCCAGAGGGAAUACCUCGAUCUUGAGAUGCGAAAAUUCCGUAGAAAAAAGUUAACUGCCUUUCAUGUGCUCGAGCAAGAGCUUCUUCGAGAAGAGCUGAAUAAGAGGCAGCAGCAAUUGGAGCAAGCUCAUGCAAUGCUUUUGCGCCAUCACGAGAAGACGCAAGAGCUGGAGUAUAGACAACAAAGAGCAGUGCAUGCUCUCCGCGAAGAACAAAUCCAUCGACAACACUCUACCGAACUCAGCAAUCAGCGGGAUUAUAUGCAACGAGCCGAACGCGAUCUACGUAAGAAGCAUGCGCUCGAGCUCAAGCAACAACCCAAGAGUCUGAAGCAAAAGGAAAUGCAGAUAAGAAAGCAAUUUAGAGAAACUUGUAAAAUACAGACACGCCAGUACAAGGCAUUAAAGGCCCAGAUAUUGCAAACGACGCCAAAAGAUGAACAAAAAGCUGUUAUUAAAAAGUUGAAGGAGGAGCAACGACGUAAACUCGCGCUACUGGGAGAACAAUACGAGCAAAGUAUCGCCGAGAUGCUGCAAAAACAAAGUAUUCGUUUGGACGAGUCACAAGAGAUCGAGUGCCAGAUUCUCAAACAAAGAUUAAAUCAUGAGCUAGAACUCUUGAUGGCGUAUCAGUCAAAAAAUAAAAUGCAGGCGGAAGCUCAACGUGAUCGUGAACGCCGCGAGCUUGAGGAUCGCGUAUCGGUAAGGCGAGCGCUUCUCGAGAAAAAGCUCGAGGACGAGACGCAAAAGAUAUUGCACGAACGCAGUGAACGAAUACGGCUACUGCAAGAAAAGCAUGAUCGCGAACUGCAUCAGUUUGACGAGGAAAGUGCGAGAAUCGGUUUUAGUGCACUAGCAAUAGCGGAAGCUUCAAAAGAGUCUUACCCGGACGACGAAAGUCUCAGCGGUUCAAUGCUCAGCUUGGCUCACAGUAAUAGCUCUACAUCUUUCCCCCCUAAUAGUCUCUAAUCUUAAUAACUCGUAUAAGUAUAAACGUUCGCCUGUAAUCCCGCUGGUGCGCUAGCUAGUUUUAAAACUUGAAAAUAAUUGCAGGCCAAGCAGGUGGUGCAGCAGGUGAAAUUUUGUCGUAUUCGGCUAUGCGUAUUGGAUCAGAACGUAAUGAUCACCUACCUCCUUAGGCUCUUGACGUGUUUUCUUCUUUUCAUCACUCCAAUUUGAAGCACGGAAUGGGAUUAACUGUUGUUAGGGCCCCUCAAGCUUAUUUUUUACUCUCUUUUCUUUAUCUUUAAAUAAGAAUAAUACCUUGUCCAUGUGUAAAUUUGAUACUCAUAAUUAUGUGUAGUUAUUCUACUACUCGUUGUUGUUUCAAGUUUCUUUUAAAACAUCUUGGUGCACGCUGAUAUUGAUUUUUUAAAUUAAUCGCACAUCGUUUUGUGACUCCAUUCAAUGCAUAAUUUUAUGGCCGUAGUUCCAACUUUGAUUUUAAUGACUCUAUCCUCAUUUUUUAAAUUUCUCUAGGAUAUCGUAGACACUUGUAAAUAUCUUGGUUGUUAAGAUCCCUUUACAUAUUUAUAUAGCACACUAAAAUAUAAUUAAAACAUCGAAAAAAUUUAUCUCCUUCAUUUCGCCCCGAGUAUGCAUGAUAUCACGGAAGAAAACGAUUUAAUGUGUUAGUUAAAUAUCGUUGCAUUGAAUAGAUGAGAAGCAAUUAUUUCGUGAAACAAAUAAGGAUUCCGAUAGCCAGAAUAAUGAUACGAAUCUUUGAAAUACUUGAGAAAGAAAAAAGAUGAAAAUUUCUAUAAUUUAAAUACGAAAACAUAAAAAUUAGAGGCAUGUUCUUGUUAGAACAAUAACAAAUCUAAUACGAUGGAAAGGGUUAACUCAAUGAGAAAGAAAAUAACUUUAAAUUCUUCUUAAUAUACCGAUGUUUAAUUAGGAAGAAAGCUGACAAACAUUCAGCGAAACAUUGGUGUGUUGAGAAGAAUUUAAAGUUAUUUUCUUUACCUUAGGGUUAAUCCUAUCCAUCGUAAUAGUUUUAUUAUUGUUCUAAACAUGGAAGAUAGAUGUCGGAAUAAUUAUGCAAGUACUUGUUAGCUUUGUUUUACAGGCUAAACAAUUGAAAAAAAGUAUCAUAACUCAAUGCUGUGAUAGAGCGUAAAUUUGUAAAAAUUAUUUUUAAAGAAAGGACUUGAUUGAAAGAGUCAAAAUCGUUUCUAUAAAAUGGUAUUAAACUAAUUUAUUGGAUCCUAUUUUUUCCCCGUGAUUUUGGUGUGCUAUGUACAAAUGUAGAGUAUGUAUGGUUGAUUGAGUUUCAAAAAAUUUAACUGAAAAUUUCAGCGGUACCUAUACGUGUAUUACCUAUUUUCCUUUACAUAUAGGAGAUGUAUGCGCGCGCGUGACUAUUUGUAUAGAUAUUAUCUCAUUAAACCUAAAAAAUGAAACAUUACAUUAAUUAAUUCAAUUUAAAACACUUGUGGUUUUUCAUUAUUUUUUGUAACACAAUAAAAAUCAAAUUACAAAGAGACAUGAUCAUACUAUUUUUUAAUCUAAAGAGUCAAAGCGUUUAUUUUAAUCAGUAACUUGUAAUGAAAUUUCAUGUGCGCAAAUACGUUUUCUUCUCUACGGUCUGCCUGCACGGUCUUCCACUUCCGAUUAUCCCAGCAUACAAAGAAAACAAAAUCUACUUAAGUUUAACUUGAGAAAUUUCUGAAAACUAUUGCCUCUUGUAGUGAACGAUUUUAUAAGAAAUUUUAUAUGUAACGUAUCAAUUUUAUAUAAUAUAUACGUACGCGUUUAUUGUAAAAGUAUAUAAGUAUGAGUACAUUUCUUUAAAGUGAACUUACGGAUCAAUCCAGUACACAUACCGACGUAAACUAAAGAAAAUGCAAUGCUUUCUUCAAUAUUAAGAAUGCAAAGCAACAAUCUAACAAACUUUUUAAUCUCAACCGCUAGGUCCUCCGCAAAGAAAAGGAAAAAUUUUUAUACACCAAUAUACUUAAUCAUCAUUAAAAAAACGAUUACUGUAACAAAAUGUUUAAAUAAAGGUAAACAUUAUAAAAAUUACGAUGGGUGGAUAGGUGAUUGUGACAAUUUUACAUACCAAUGGUGCGGAAUUAGUUUGUUAUUUAGUUGUAAAGUAGGGUAUCGAAGAGCCAUAAAGUUGUCCCGAGCAAAAAUAGUCAGUGUUUAAUUUUGUUUAGUCUUCGACACAGGACAAUGUGGUUCGUUGGUAGACUUUUGCAAAAUUAGUCAAUAUAAAAAUAAACAUGCGCUACGAAAUUUAGUUACUCGCUUGCGCGACGUAACAAGGCAUUAAUAAACUCAAAUCAAUGUUCACUAGAAUGAUGAUGACGAUGAUGAUGAGAUGAUACAAAUUGUGCAUUUUUGCUAUUAAGUUGUCAAUACAUGCGGUGCCAAUUCGGAAUCGGGAUAGUACAAGUUCUUAUAUUCGAAGAUACUUUAGCAGAUCACUUAGUUUGAUUUGUAGCAAUACUCCAUCAAAAAAAAAUUAUCAUAUUUAAAUAUGAGGACAAAAAGUAUUAUCCGUGGUUCGUUAAAAAUUUCUGAAUAUUUAUUAAGUAACGUAGACUCUAAGCGGUGAACAAGUAGAAAUCGAUAAAGUGUGGAAAUACUGAUUAAACAAACUAUUAACGAGGAAAUCAAAAAGUUAUCGGUCAUGCGAGGUAACAAAAAAUGAUUUUUUUCAGAGCGUGUAAGAAAGUGUCUGAAAUCAAUAAUGGAAGUGUCACAAUCAACUGAUCGUUUUAAUAAAAUGGUGUAUCGAAGAACAAAACCAGUACACGAAAAAAAUAUAUAAUUUUUGCACGCCUUUGUUUUUUGUAAAGUCGUAAAGUACCAGCUGAGUUAUUAGCACUUUGAAUAUGAACAAACUAUUUGGCAAUAAAAGCAUACAUUAUUACAACAGAUGUUACCUCUUUCAUUGACAUAUUCACUAUUAUCUAUUUAAUAUUAUCAAUGCAUUUAUAAAAGAUGAUUCAGCGUGUUCACAAAAGCGAUGUACAAAAAAGGAUAAAAUAUUAUAUAGGAAAUAGACAGGUCAGCACGGACUCCAUUGAAGUUGCCUACAAGAUUUGGCGUCGUUUUUAUGUAUUUAUUAUUUCAUUUGUCUAUGUGCAUAAGGCAGCGUGAGUAUCUUGUAUUCUAUUUAUGUUUACAGAUACAACCGAGUAAACGUCAAUCAAUAAAAUAAUUGUAAUGCAAACUCAAAGCUUUUGAGCUUCAACUGAAAAAUAUUAAAUUCUUUUCACUUAUCAUUUUUAUAUUGUAUAUAGAGAAGCGAAUGAUAUCAACUGU